GCCAUAGAUUUGCUUGCUUCGGGAAAUUCUCAACAGGAGUUGCAUUUGAAACACUACCGAGUUAAUUUUAAACAGGGCGAGAGCUUCUGGUUAAAGGUACAAGGUCACGCUCUUCUCUAACAACUGAUAAACGUAACAGAAAGUUGCAAGUCUAACAACUGAUCACGAUUCAAACGCGUAAAGCUUUGACAAGGAAAGUCAUGAGUCCGUCAACUGGAGUUCUGAGCACGACUCCGACAACAAUUAACAGCAAUCAAGAAUUCUAUCUGAGUGCAAACAUCCUCAUUCCAUAUGGUAUCGUCAUGACCCUAAUCUUGGUAUUCGGUUCGGUUGGCAAUGUUCUGACAAUCCUGGUCUUACGUUGCCCUGAACACAAAAAGAAAAACAUCACUCCACUCAUGAUAAACUUAGCGAUUGUUGACAUCAUCAUAAUUGUCUUUGGCUAUCCUGUGGUCGUCGCAAGUAACUAUACGUCCUCUGGCCUUAACGUUCGUGAAAGUCGGAUAAGCUGCAUAUGGUCGGGAUUUAUCAAUGGCUCUACUGGCAUCGCUUCAAUCGCCAAUCUGACCAUGAUGAGUUUGGUUAUGUUUCACGGUGUCAGUUCAGUCACCAAGACAACAAAAAUCUCCACCAUCAAAAUGGCUGCCAUUAUCACAUUCACGUGGGUUUAUGGAGUAGUGGCCAUGAUCCCGCCGUUAGUGGGCUGGAACGAAUUCGUCCCAGGCGCCUCCGGUAUCAGCUGCUGUCCCAAUUGGGUGCCGGAAACGAAGGCUGGAGUGGCGUACAAUAUGUUGCUGGUUUUUAUUGGCUUCGUGCUGCCACUGUGUGUGAUCAUUUUUUGUUACUACAGAAUCUACAGCUUCAUUCGCAUUCAACAACCCACCUCAGGAAAUGCCUCAGUAGAAGCCAGUCGAAGAAAGUCUCAGAUCAAAAUGAUGCGCAUGAUUGCGAUGUCAAUUGCCGCCUUCGUGUUAAGCUGGUCGCCAUAUUGCCUGGUCAGCAUCAUCGCCACCAUCCGGGGUACGAAUACGUUAACACCUUCAGAGGCAGAAGUCCCGGAUUUACUCGCCAAAGCCUCUGUAAUCUACAACCCCAUAGUGUACACGGUGAUGAAUGACAGAUUUCGAGCAACUCUCCUACGCAUCAUCCCCUGCAACAGCUUUUUCUCAAGGGAGGUCAAGCCAACGUCAGAUUCCGUUUCCAGGUCAGCCGGGUCCAUUAUCGACAAUGCCAAUUCUUUUUCUGAAAAAAGAAGAUCGCAGAAAUACCAGAGCGAAGUUUUUUAGGAGUCUGCAUUGUUCUUCAGUGUGGCUAACAGACGUCAAGAACUUAGAAGUACGCCCUAAGGAUAAAUUAAAUAGUGAUAAAAUAAUCAUUUCAGACAGUUUUGAGUGCAGAAGAUACGGUGACGUAGACUAUGCAAUUAAGUUAGUCCGCAGGCUUCCAGUUCAGGAUUCCUUUUCUCAGAGCUUUCUUAUUUCCUGGUCUACCGGUCAGGGUAACAAAUUUGAACUGAAUUAUUGAAAAGAAUCAAAUCUCUGGUGAAGAGAAUAUAUUACUGGUAUCUAAUAAUUCGACAUAAAAAAGGGAGGCGCAGUUCGCUCUGAGGCAACUGCAAGCCUGCGCCAUUUACAAAGUAGAACUUCAAUGUCACUAGAGCAAAAAAACAAACGUACACAACGAAUAAACGAUAAAACAGCUAGGUAAGGCGUGCAACCAGAGCAAAUCUCGAAUUAUUGUUAUUCAUUCUUAUGACUGACGGAAAAUUGGAUAACAUUGCAUGCUAAACAUCGGACGCAUUCUAAGCAUAAGGCAGCAAUAUUAGAAACGAAAUAAAUUCAUGCAUAAGGCAGCAAAAUUAGAAACGAAAUAUAUUCAUGACGAGCUACCGAAGGUACUCUUUUUCUUUGAAUUGAAUAAUUGACGCACUUGAAAAUAUUUUAUUUUCAAGAAGUCAUAUAUCAGUAAAGUAACGUGUUUGUGUGAACAUUUUUUUGUGAGUACAAUUGUAAACAACAUGUCAGGAUAGUUCUUUCGAAAGAUAUGUGAGUGCGGUUACGAAACUGUAAAGGUGGACAUAAAAUAUCCUGUUAACUCCUAAUAUUUUGUCGUGGUUUUUUCGAACCUCAGCAAUCGCGUCCUCAAUCAGAGUAUUUUCUUUCGUCAAGAAAAGACCUACUAAAAAGCUGCUGCAAUGCAAGUCAUAUUAUAAACAGAGCAUAAUACCAAGGCAGAGUACAAUAUGGAGUUUCUCUUCAGUCGAGUGUUCAACUCGAUAUCUCAUGUGUGGAUACAGCGAACGAGUGAGAUCUCGAGUUUAGCACAAGAAAAGAAAUUCUAUAUCUAAAAGCAACCAUGUAUUAUUUUGUUAAUUGUGUAAACACCAUAGGUCCUUUCUGACCAGAAAAGUCGACUUUGACUUCAGUUAAUCUGGCGUUGUGGCGAGCGGUUGACACGUUACUAUUGGGUAGCUGCCGCUAUAAUUUCACUGAGAGUUGUUGGCUCAUACCCUUCGCUAGACUUUUUCCGCACCGACAUAAUAAAUCUGCUAAGCAACAAAUCCGGCUCCGAUUGCCGAUUUUCUUUUUCAGACGCGAGCCGCAAGCUACAAGUCAUUUUCGAUAUCCUUUUUUUUCGUGUCUUAGUCUUCCUUCGCUUCUAGAAGACUUUGAAAGUCACCACACGUCUGUAAAGCCCUUUCUUCCCUUUCUAAAUUAUUACAAUAUACCACGCAACUCCAGCUUUAAAAGCAAAUUCCAAGG